AUGUUCACAAGAGGACCGUUGCAAAACGGCAAAUCCACUCGUUUCCGUGCUACACCAAGAGGUGGUAAUUCAAGAGUACCAUCGAAGAAACUUGGUUUUGCAACGCGAAGUCGAGCACCAAUGAAUGUGACACGCCCAAAACCAACUAGAAGGAAACUGCACCAUCCAUCCAAGAAACCUCUUCACUCCAAGGGGAAUGCUCAAGUUUCUGGUGAUCGAAUGCGAUCCUCAUCUCCGGUUAGCUCAACGAAGCUGCUGAAUCAUCCAAAGAAGAAACCUGCGAUGAAGAAGAAUACAAAGAAAAAGAAGAUAAUGGAUGGUUCGGCUCAACGGAAUUCAUCCUUAUCGAAUCGUCACCAAACUCAAAAGAAACACAAAAGUGGUGAAUCGUGGGAGUCGAAUGAGGCGAAACCAGCGAAGAAGAGAUAUCAUUUUUUGAGUGGUCCAACGUCGAACCAGCGGCCCAAUUCUACCCAUCGAACUUCAUGGCUCCACGGUGUGAUUGAUCCGGCCAGUGAGAGUUUCUCGAACAAAGGCGAUAUUCGUUUCUAUCGUGGACGAGUGGCGAAAAAGAAACCGAAACGACUGAGGGUACCGCAGAAACCAGGACAGCCAUCUGUUGGGGCAGACACCUACUACGGCGAAGCGCCGGAGCGGAAUGCUUCGCCUGAAGAUGCAAGCAAUAACCGUGGGCGUGGUGGCGCACAGCAGCAAGCGAGGAAUCGAACGUCUUCUGAACGGUCCUCAGAGCUGAAAAAGAAGGCUCAGCGGAAAUGGAAAACGGCUGAAGAUGCCGUGAGGAGACCGGGUCAUCGCAUAAAAUCUUCGAAGGAGUAUACGAAGAAGGUUGGCAUCUUCAUGUGUUCUCAAACUGUUUCACAACAGCUUUCAUUGCUUCGUGACAGUAGAUCUCGAGAAGUGGAUAAAUUGCCACCAGGCGUUAGGUUCUCACCGAGGAUGAAGCUGAGCAACAUUCGAACAUCCGUCGAACCGAUGUCGACCAAGUCACAUCAGCCGACCCCUGCAUCAUCGCAGCUUAAACCAACAACGCUGAAUGCUUUAUCGACACCAGUGCAGAACGGAUCACCCGUCAAUGCUGACUCUUCGAUGGAUGGUGAUGAUGUGCUCGGUGAACAGAGUCGCAAAACAUUCCACGCAAAUAUCUACCAUUCCGCCAGUCUUGGUCCAAUACCACGAAGAUCCACCAUUGGCCCCAUGAUCGGUGUUGCGUAA